AUGCCGGCGCUGCGGUCUUCGAGUCAAGACUAUGCCUGUCAUAUGUCCACGAGUGCUUCCACCAAGCACACCAAACGAAGCUCGACGAGGCUAAUGCCCUCCAUUUUGAACAAGUCUGUGGCAGGAUACAUGUCAAAGGCUCAACCUCUGUCAAAAUACAAUCUGGCGACCAGCUCGUCCUCUCCUGCUGCAAAUAUUGUACCGGCAGAGAUCCUACUGGAGAUUUUCUCCAUGCUGACACCACGGGACUUCGACAAUGCCCGGCGGACAUGCUCACAGUGGAUGCGGACUAGCCUGAACCACAAGCUUCUUGAGAAUAUGCUAAAAAGGGCAGGGUGGUGGGAUGCAUGGCUGCAAGAUCGUCAAACACCACGCAUCUCCCGGCUAGAUGAAAGCGAGGCCUGGAGGAUGAGCCGUCGCUUUGCAACAGAAUGUCUCCUUUCGGGGCGAAGGAUGAAUGUCGGGAAACCGGGCUUUUCCACCACCACUGUGGUAGACUUUUCAAGUCUGUCUGACUCUGCAAGUAGGAAAUCCCGCGGUACUCGUCUUCGGCCGGUUUUGGCCGAAGGAAAAGGGUCAGGGGUGUCAACUUUCAGUAUUAGCAGUUGCAGCAACUAUCUGCUGGUGACAUCAGGCUGCAUAAUCUUUAUUUAUUCACUUUUGGGUCGGAGGUCUAGGCCAACAUCUGCAAAAGACUUCGGCGAUGCUGACUUGGCGCUUGUCUCACGCAUCUCAUGUCCGUUCGAUAUUAUAUCGGCCGCCAUCGACACCAGCAAGCCCCAAUUCACCAUCGCUGCAUUGCUUUGCAACCGUGUUGGUAUGAUCUGCAAUUUGGAUAUGGCUUGCGCCAAAGACUCAGCUACCAAGGGAUCUCAUUCCAAUAGGAUAAUGGCCACCUCAUCCCGCCACUUCUUCUACAACGUCUGCACAGCAGACAACCCACCCCGGACAGUUGCUCUCUGUCCCGGCCAGCCGGUCAUUGCCUUCGGCUGCGCUGCAGGCAUGGAGAUUCACAGCGUGAACGAAACAAAGCGCAAUGAGCAACGCAGAUACUUCACUCUCCCCCAGCCGUCAGAAACCCUUCAUUUCCUCCCAAGUAGCCCAGAAACGCCCAGCGAGCUACGUCUCAUUUCCUCACUAUCCGGACCGGGCUUCCACGAAUGCAAAUGCCCACCUUCGCCCUCCCCUUCAUCUUUAUCCUCAGAAUCAUCACCAAAAAUCGAAUCAAAAACCAGCCAAUUCCAUUUCCUUGCAGAUAUCCAGUCCUUCAAUCGCCGCCGCAUUCCCCACGCCCCAUCCCGCAGUUUCGUCCGUGCAACACACUGCCACCACUAUCGUGCCGUCCCCAUUAACGACGGUUUCCACAUCAUGUUCAUCGAACCACGCACAAGCCUAUUAUGCAUCGGCACCGAUGCUCCAAUUGGUGGGCCAACAAGCCUAGCUCGCGCAUUCGUCUGCAUUCCGCCGCCUUUCUCAAACACUCACCGACAGAUCAAGACACCACCCCCAUCCCCAUCUCUCUCAAACAAAACUCCGACUCCAACAGACAUCCCAGUCCCAACAACCUUCACCGCAGGCUCCGACCUCCGCUGGGGUCUCCGUGUCGUUGCAGCAUAUGGCGACCGCCUCGUGCUGUACUCUAUUCCUUUAGACGUAUUCAACGUGAUCCGUAAGGAGCGUAAACGUCAAGGUGACGGGGUAAUGGGCGAUGGCGAUCUCGCGCUCGAUUGGUACGUUGACUCAGAGAGGUCCCGCAAACGAUGUGAGAGUCUGGUGCAGAACCAGAAUGGUGAGUGGGAGUUCCUUUUAUCUGUCUCGUAUCAACCUACGGCUAUGAUGUGGCCGUUUAAGAUAUAUGGCAAGGAGAUUGGGUCUGUCAAGGGGACUGUGGAGCUUGCUUUGCAGUCUUCUGAGGGUGGGGUUAGGGUUUGGGCCUUUGGGGAAGAUGGUAAAGGCACGGUGUUGGAUGUUGAUACUGGUAAUGCUCCCACUCGGUCUCUUGGUGUUGGUUCUGAUGGGGGAUUGGAGGAUCUUGGUAUCGUUCAAAGGGCUGGUUUGGGUUCGAGGAAACGGAAGUUUGAGGAGAUGAGGACUGGGUUUGUGGGUCGAUAUGGUGCUGGUCGCUAUUCGGCUGGAGUAGAUGGGAUCAAGCCUUGUGCUGCUGGUGUUCAUGGUAUACAUCAAGAUCCGUCUAUUCGGCGUUCAUCUUUUGCAGCUUGUAUUAUAGACUUUAAGAUUCCUUUGUAUUAA